UUACUUGAUCACUAGGUCAGCUGUCGCCAAUCCGGCAAGCACCAAUCCUACUGGCAUAGUUAAGGCCGCACGAAAUUGCGUGGUACAGGACGGGUGUCCCCAGCCAAGUAAGUAUGUUGUUUCCAGAUUUAUGAGGUGGAGAUGAGGCAGCUUCUGAAGGCUGGAGGUGGCAGAAGCAACUGUUCAUCUGACGUUCCUUGGGCGGCGCCUGGAGAGAUGAGCUGCAUUCACACUAAGCUGCUUUCGGAAAUCAUCGAUUGAUGUGUUGAUGAGGGGUGCAUCGACAGCCGCAGGGAACGAGGCUGAGACAUUCCCCUCACUACUUGCUCCGUUCUCUCAAGCAACCUCGUAGUCUAAGUCCUGGCGCUAGUUUCCGUGCUCUAGUCGACUGCUGCCAUCGCUUUCAAAAUGCCACCUGUGUCCGACCCGGUGCGUGACUCGAGACUACGGACGACUAGUGAAGGAGGAGGUAUCACCCGCCAUAUCAUAGAGACAUCAGGACGCGGCAGCGGUCAGCGGAAGAUCCGAAUAGAACAAAAAUGGCAGCGAACAAAAACGCUAGGCCAGGGCGGCUUUGGCCUCGUAUGGAAGGAGACCCUUAUUGAAGGCAAAGGCGACAUCACGGAGAGAGCGGUCAAGAUGGUCCGGAAACGGAUGCAAGGAUCUCAAUCCGUGGAUUAUAGCAGAGAGCUUGAAGCGAUGGCAAAGUUUUCUCACCCAAGGUACAGAACAUAUUUUGUCGAGUCCUAUGGCUGGUAUGAAAGUGAAGAUGCAGUCUUCAUCGCCAUGGAGUUUCUUCCUCACGGAGACCUGCAAAAACUUCUCCAGCUCCGCUCCAAAUUACCAGAGCCAGAUGCGCAACAGAUCGCUUUCCAGGUUUUGGAAGGUCUUACAUACAUGCAUGAGAACGGAUUUGCACACCGCGAUCUCAAACCAGCCAACAUUCUCAUCAAAGAGAUGGGCCCACACUGGUGGGUGAAGAUCGCAGACUUUGGCAUCUCAAAACGGGCCGAGGAAGGCGUCACCGAACUCCGAACCUUCAGUGGUACCCCAGGCUUUCUCGCUCCGGAGAUCAUGGUUCAGAGCGGAAUGCUGGAUGCAGAAGACUUUGCCCGUGAGCGCGGCUACACGUUCGCGGUCGACAUCUGGUCAGUUGGCGAGAUCAUCUUCCGAAGUCUAUCUGGCGAGUCGCCAUUCGACAAUACACGAACACUUGCAUCGUACGUGAAAGGCAAAACAUCUUUUCCGUUGGGGAAGUUGGUCAGCCUCAGUGUUACAGAACACGGUCAGGCGCUUUGUCGACUUCUCAUGGCGGCCAAGCCGCAAGAACGGCCAUCAGCUCCAAAAGCGCUUGAACAUCCAUGGUUUGCAUCUCAAAGAGGCUCUCCGAGGUCCUCAUCUGAGUUUUCGGGGUUUGUGCGCACAGGAUUGGACCCGCUCAUCGUUUCGCUCGAGAUCGCGAACGUAACAGAGACAGAGGAAUCGUUCGAUUGCACUGAAGCAUCUGCUCGUUGGAGCACCUUGAGAGGACCUACAGUGAAUAAAGACACAGUCGGAUCAGCAGCUUCAACACAGGAUGCCCGGGUGGCCAAAAGCAGCGAAGAUCUCAAGGGGAAAGGGACUUCUCAAAUCGGGAUUGUGAAACCUUCAGGCAACGGUCAAAUCGCAGAAAACAACCUAACGCUACCGCCACGGAAUCAUGGCUCAAGGAGCCAAAUCCCCAAUCAUCCCAGUAACAUUGGAAAAGCCGAUGAAGCGAGGGGAAGCGAGAGACCAGAAUCGUCCCAAAAUUCUGUGUCAAAACUAGCUGGCGGUGGCGUCCCACCAUCCACGGAUGAGCUUUCUUUAACAUCGCAUCACUGGGAACAACAAUCGGCUGGAAGUGCCGCAAAAGCCAUUACCAAGGAGGAGUACGGGAAUCAGUACGAGAAUCGAGUCACGGAUUAUGGCAGCUUCUCGGAGGGUCACGCAGGCGCAUCCACGCACGCAGAAGUAUUUGACAUGACUCCAAAAUCUGACAGUGAUCCGACAUCCGUUCAAGCACCCAGCCUGGUGUCGACCGCAAGAUGAACACAGGGAUAGCAGAUUUGAACCCUGAUGUGAUUGACCAAGCGGCAUUCAACCAGACAUGGAGGAAAUACCACAAGGUUGUCUCUCGUGCUCGGGAAGCGGAGGGGCUUCACAACGUCCACGUUGCCAGGUUUAAGCACAGAACGUGGCUGUCAAAGGGCAAGCCGCGAAUGGAGUUGGAAUUUGGAGAACCAGUUCGACUAUUGAGAAAAGUCGGUUCUCUGGAAAGUCA